AGAUAGACCGGCAGACGGGACAGCCGCGGCCGUAGGCCUUUCCAGCCCCGCUAAACCCCUGAUGCGCGGGAGGACGCAGCCCCUCUCGCUGGGGGAUGCUGCAGGAUUCCUGGCGCCGGGCAUCCUGGCCGCCCGCUAAGCCCCUGUGCCCGCCCUGUGUCCCUGGGGAGCCAGAGUCCGGCCGCAGGGGAAGAGAAGCGGCCACUGAAACGCUGCAGGGUGCCGGGCGGGGAGGGGGCUGGAGGCCCCAGACCCGAGGGCAUGGAGCGGUUAGGGGAGAAAGCCAGUCGCCUGCUGGAGAAGUUAAGACUCUCGGACUCCGGCAGCGCCAAGUUCGGCCGCAGAAAGGGUGAAUCUAGCCGGUCCGGGUCCGAUGGGACCCCCGGGCCGAGUAAGGGGCGACAGAGUGGGUUGGGGGGAUCUAGGAAAUCCGGGCCCCGAGGAGCUACUGGGGGACCUGGGGAUGAGCCGUUGGAGCCGACCCGAGAGCAAGGCCCCCUGGACGCUGAGCGGAACCCGCGCGGCUCCUUUGAGGCGCAGCGCUACGAAGGCGCCUUUCCCGGGGGGCCGCCCCCUACCCGGGCCUUGCCUCUACCUCAGUCACUGACCCCCGACUUUCGGCUGGAGACCACGGCCCCGGCCCUGAGCCCCCGCUCCAGCUUCGCCAGUAGCUCGGCCAGCGAUGCGAGCAAGCCGUCCAGCCCCCGGGGCAGCCUGCUGCUGGACGGGGCAGGGGCUGGCGGAGCCGGAGGUAGCCGGCCCUGCAGUAAUCGUACCAGCGGCAUCAGCAUGGGCUACGACCAGCGCCAUGGGAGCCCUCUGCCCGUCGGGUCGUGCCUGUUUGGCCCGCCCCUGGCUGGGGCACCAGCAGGCUAUUCCUCCGGAGGGGUCCCCUCCGCCUACCCGGAGCUGCACGCCGCCCUGGACCUACUGUGCGCUCACCGGUCCGCGGGGUUCGGCUGCCAGGAAAGCCGCCACUCGUAUCCCCCGGCACUGGGCAGCCCCGGAGCUCUCGCUGGGGCUGGAGUGGGCGCGCAGGGGCCCUUGGAGAGACGCGGGGCGCAACCUGGACGACACUCGGUGACCGGCUACGGAGACUGCGCCGCGGGCGCCCGCUACCAAGAUGAGCUAACAGCGUUGCUGCGCCUGGCGGUGGGCACGGGUGGGCGAGACGCCGGCGCCCGAGGGGAACCCUCGGGGAUUGAGCCGUCGGGUCCCGAGGAGCCGCCGGUUCCGUUUGCUCCGGAGGCCGCCCGGGCCCGGAUGCGGGAGCAGGAGGCCAGGGAGGACUACUUCGGCACAUGUAUCAAGUGCAACAAAGGCAUCUAUGGGCAGAGCAAUGCCUGCCAGGCCCUGGACAGCCUCUACCACACCCAGUGCUUUGUCUGCUGUUCGUGCGGGCGAACUUUGCGCUGCAAGGCCUUCUACAGCGUCAAUGGCUCUGUGUACUGUGAGGAAGAUUAUCUGUUUUCAGGGUUUCAGGAGGCAGCUGAGAAGUGCUGUGUCUGUGGUCACUUGAUUUUGGAGAAGAUCCUGCAGGCAAUGGGGAAGUCCUAUCAUCCAGGCUGCUUCCGAUGCAUCGUUUGCAACAAGUGCCUGGAUGGCAUCCCCUUCACAGUGGACUUCUCCAACCAGGUGUACUGUGUCACCGACUACCACAAAAAUUAUGCCCCCAAGUGUGCAGCCUGCGGCCAGCCCAUCCUCCCCUCCGAGGGCUGUGAGGACAUCCUGAGGGUGAUAUCCAUGGACAGAGAUUACCAUUUUGAGUGCUACCACUGUGAGGAUUGCCGGAUGCAGCUGAGUGACGAGGAAGGCUGCUGCUGCUUCCCUCUGGAUGGGCACUUGCUCUGCCACGGCUGUCACAUGCAGCGGCUCAGCGCCCGGCAGCCCCCUACCAACCAUAUCUGAACUGCAGCCACCGCCGCUGCCAUUUCUACCAUUGACAGACUCCUCUGGCCAGUGGACCCCGCAGGCGAGCCGAGGCAAGGAAUGCAGUCUGCCGGCCUGGGAGAAGAGUCCUCUGGGAGGGCCCUAGGGUCAGAGACCCAAAGAUUAUGACAUUCCAAAUGGAUUGUGGAGACAGAGCCUUCCCAUUGCCGGUGGGGAUGACUGGCCUUCUCCCCAGAUGUGCAGCCUGUGCUGUAGCUUACCCUUAGGCACACACAGGCGAGGAGUUCCAGUACUUUCUGAAGGUCUCAUUCUAAUCUAUGUUUCUAGUAUGUGUUUGUGUAUAAGUCAGUGUUCUGGCUCUGAAUUACAAGAAAGGAGAGAGGACAUCAUGGGAGCUCCUCCUUUGUACUCCCCACGUAGUGUCAGAUACAGGAUCAGCUGGGUUUCUGCAUCUUAUCUCUGCAUCUGGAUGAAGAGAUGGAAACUCUGGACCUUUUUAAUGAGUAACUUGUUGGCCUUGUUCUAAGGAGUAGGGGAGCUCCUCACCUCUCUGUGGGAAUGGGAACCAGACCUGGGUGGGUCUGCUGCGUGUAUUGCCUGUUUCUCAGGGACUUACAUGGGCCUGGGGGAGGCGAGGUGGGUGCCUAUACUUGGUUCCUCUUCUCUUCAGCUGGGGGAGGUAAUAAGUGGGCCUCUGUGGGUGUGCAGCUUGCUGGGUGGGACAUCCAGGGAGCUUCAGGCUAGCCAUACUCUUGUGCACAUGCCUGAGCCCUGCAGCCCAGUAUAUAUGCACAUGGUACAUUCACUCUCACACACAUGCACACUCACACACACUCACGCUCCUUCUGAGGUCACUGUCACACUUGGUUCCCUGGCUGGGCUCACCCCUCCAGACCUCCCACCUCUCAGAAGGGCCCCAGGAUUCUAUCUAUCGCAGCCCCAAACCUCUGGGGUUCUGGGGAGCCAGAGGGAGCAAACCACUUUGAUUUAAUUCUAGUCAGUUUGGUUCACACUAGUCCACCUAAAGCUAGAUCUCUUAAAACCAGUUCACUGAAAACGUGUUUGCUUAAUGCUGAGUUCACUUAGUGACCGGUUUGCCAGCAGCUCUGUCCCCUUUUGGGUGUUUUUAUAUCCAUUUAGGUGUCCUGUUCUUCUGUCAUGCUUUGGGUAUUUCAAGGUUUUGUAUCUAUUCUGAGUUAUUAUAAAUUUAUCAAAUUUGCAGCACCUUGUAAAUGAUGAGAUUGCUUCUUACCUGUAUAUAUGUCUUUUUUCUGUUAUCUACUUUUCAAAUACUUUUUUUAAAAAAAGCUUAAAGUUUCUAGCAAUAAAUAUAAUUGGAACAGACAUUUUGUGUUAUCAUUUUGUUUCUUAAUUCAAUAUACCUUUACAGCCUUGGGAAAUGCAAUGAAGCUCAAUAUAGUUUUGAUGCUUCAGCCUAAUUUCCACGUUCCUGCUAUUAAAAUGCCACAAUAUUCUAAACAAGCAAAUAGGCAUGUAGCAUAUUCAGUUGACUAAACAAUUAAAGGUUAUGCAGACAACAAUAAAAAGUAAAAAGGUGAAUCUGCUAAGUCCUUUGAAAUGCUGCAGAUUUGAUAAAUAUUUAUAAUUGGCUCAAGGCAAAUUGGUUUUAGGCAAAUUUAUCCAGUAAUCUCUGAUCCUUAGUCUUCAUUCUCUGCCACUUAGAGUUUCCUACCAGGAAUGAUGAGGACAGAAAUUGUACAUUUGGGGUUCAGUCUAAGAUGACUUGGCCAGCCAACCUAGGGAUUGCAUAGAAGAGCUCUCUGAGUGAGAGUAAAUAUGGAGGCCCUGAGUUCAGAGCCUUACAGCUGAGUGCCAGAGGGGGGAAAUGUGCUUUUUUUGGAGAGAUGUUCUGAAACUGGAUUACUUGCUGUACAGCUGGGAUUGCUUCUUCUGAGUUAUUGUUAUUAAAUACAUGAAUACAAAGCGUCUGUGACUGGGACCUCCUCUCUCCAGGCUGCUCUUGCCCAGGCAGCCCAGAGGAAAUCAGCAGCUUUAUAUCCAAACCGUCACUUUCAUCUUUUUACUCUUGGACAUCUUGUCCACUGUGUCACUCUGCUCCUUUGUUUCUUACUCUGAUCUUGGCCUUCCAUCUGUUCCUGACCUGACUGGCUCAUUCCUUUCUAGGUGUCUGCUGAUCUCUUCCACCCCUGGGGCUCCCCAAGACUCUGUUGUUGCCACUGGGGCUACUCUCUCUCUUCCUUCUGAGGAAAAACAAGUGAUAACAUCUGACAAGGACGGGCCCAGGGAAGGGCAGGCUGUGGCAGAAGAGCCUCCUAGCCACCCCACGUCACCACUGGCAGGCUCCCAAGUGUACUCUCAAUCUCAAGAGCGUCCCUUCUUCCUGUUUGCUAGGAGAUUGCUCAUCCUUAAUAGUUCUAGCUUAACAUUUACAGUUGAUGGCAAAAGAUUUAUGGGAUGCUGCUAAGGAUACAGCAGAAGGUAGACCUUGUUGGCCAACUUGCCACCUGAUUUUCAUUAACAAGUGAUAGCCAUGAAAUGGGGAAAAGGGAAGAAUGGAAGAAUUAUGGGAUCCAUUUUGGGUCUCUUUAGAAGACAGUCUCAGGACAGGGGUCAGACUUUAGGAGCAGACUUCAGCUAUUUGCUCUCGCCAGCCCCAUGCCCUGCAGGCUCUAUAUGUAGUUUAUCAAGAACAAGACUGGUGAUGGUUCUCUCUCUACCUUACUCCUUGGAGACUUGGCUGUCUCACCACCACCACCUGGAGCUCUCAAGCCCUCAGGGAAAUGGGUAAGAUUCCAUUUACAUUCAGACUGAAACUGCCCUAGGUCAAGGAGAGAGAGAGAAAGAGAGCUAUUUUCAGGCACAUAAAGCCAGUUGGAUGAAGUCCUUGAAAUUAUAUCUAUAAAGAAGGGUAUGAAAAGAGGGAAGAGAGACCGAUAGGACUGAGAUAAAAGAAUUGGAAGAAAAAAAAAAAAAGGUGAGCUAAGAGGUUUUUGUUUUCUACAAACACUCAUAUCCCAGAGCUGGCCUAGGGUCAUUCAGACCCCUUAUGGUGAGGCUCCAUGGCAAGGGUCUUACCAACCCCACUCAGCCCUAGUUGUCUGACUUUGGAAAUACUGAGCAAAUUGUUUCUAGGACAUACAGGUUAAAGCAGUCUAACUGUAGGAGAGUCACUGGAGGCAAAUCCUGCCCACUGUGGGUGUUACUCUACCUAAGCUUGACCUUCCUUGGAAAGGACAGUGCUGACUCAUGUGAUGGGAGCCCAGUGCCAUCCAAGCAGGGAGGGAUGAUGCGUCACAAAUACCUACAAAAAGGUGCUAGUUACGCUUGUAUCCUAGAAGGUUAGAGCCAAGCUGGGAGCAAUCUUAGCAAUUACUUAACCGAGUCACCUCAUUUUACUGAAUGAAGAAACGGAAGCUCAGAGUGAUGAAGUGUCACACAGCUGGAUACUAGAAAUUUAAAACAAAAUGACUUCCAGCUUUCUAAGAUUAGUAAGUUAUUCCCCCACACCCCCCACCGCCACCCCAUCACAGGAACCCCAGAGCAAUACUGUGAAGGUUUACUUGUCGGCAUGAAGAAGGUAAGCAUUUCACUAUGACAGACAGGGAAAGUUUUAGAGGGAAAGCUAGGGAACACAAGAGACAAGAAUGAAAACUUUUGGUUCAUACAAGUGUUUUUUUUUUUUAGAUAAUAAGAAUUGGCAGAGGCCAAAGUACCUUUAAAAGCACAUUAGCAGAAGCAAAAGAAUGGUACUGCAGUAGAGUCCCUGCCCUUGAGGAGGUCGCAGUCUAGCCAGGGAGACAAAUAGACACAUCAAAUGCCUUGAGAAGAUUACAAGCAACAUGUCAGCGAUUGCACAGUAAUUGAGCGUUAGAACCAAAGACCUAAUGCCACAGGGUACAGAGCAAUGACACAGGUGAGACAGUUGGCUUCGAUUGAGGGUCACAAGUGGUGGCUCACAGAUUAAAUCCUGCGCCCAGAUGCAUUGGAUUUGGUCCACUGGGAGUUAGUAUUUGUGAUAUUAAUUAGAAACUCCAGUUGAGGAGAGAAAGAUCUUGACCAAAAAACACCAGCUAAUAAAUGUAGACAGAAUGAUAGAAUUGGAAAACAGCAUUUUGUGAACUUGAAUAAAAUUGAUUCAGGCAAAGAUUACUAAUUGGCCUUAAAACCAUAGGUGAAAUGGCUGAUGAAGAUUUGGACAGUCAUAUAGUGCUAACUGGAGCCCUGGUGGGCAAUGGUUAAGAGCUACGGCUGCUAACCAAAAAGUCAGCAGUUUGAAUUCACCAGCCGUUCCUUGGAAACCCUAUGGGGCAGUUUUACUCUGUCCUGUAGGGUCACUAUGAGUCGGGAAUAGACUCGACAGCAAUGAGCUUUUUUUUUUUUUUUAUAGUGCCACAUAAUACCUUACCGUUGCUUCUUGAGGCCAGAAAUGUAACUGUAUGUUGGAGGGGUCCCCACCUAUAUCCUGGAAUCACUUAUGGUGGAUCAUUUCUGGUGCGACGCAAGUACAUAACCCAACCUAGUAUAUGUAUGCCCCCUGCCGCCCAAAAGAAGUCUAUCCCCGGUAUUUCCAGUUUACAGGAAAUACUAGGGAUAGAGGAACAAACUAAAUGACACUAGGAGGAAGCAACCAGACAAAUCUAGGCGGUGAGGCUUUCUGCAGGCAACUGGCCAGGUCCCUUCAGCAAGUGAGUAUGAUUUAAAAAAGAAUAAAAAAGUCAAAACUGUUAAAGAGGAACAUAAGGGACAUAAUAACUAAAAACAAAGCAUAGUCCUGGCUUCCUUAUUGGUUUGGAUAAAUUGCUGUAAAGAAAUUUGGGAGUAAAGUGGAACAAAUUGGAUAUGCUUGAAUAUGAGAGGAUCAGAUGAGAUGACAGUUACUAAGAAGGAAAGCUUAAGCUCAUUAACUUAUAAAAAAAAAAGGUAACAAAACCAUGUAUACAGGGUGAUCACAUUUUAAAUAUACAUAUAUUCAUGGAAAAAAAAGAUCUGAAUAUGCAUUUAAGGUGUUCCAGUGGUGAUCUUUGAGUGGUGAGAAUAUGCUUUGUGGUUGUUGGCCAACAUUUUCUGUUUUUAUACAAUGUAUGUGUACUACCUCCAUGAUAAUAAAAAGCUAUUAGAAAUAAAGUUACUGAUUGCCAACA